CCCUGCACGGCAAAAAUAUUAUUCAGACGCAAGGCGGCUAGUGGUGCAAUUGUAGCUAGUGCAUGCAAUGGCGACUUCGCUAGGAUUAAACCCUGAAGCUUUCUUCACUUCAUACUCUUGCUCCUCGCCCUUCAUGUCCGACUACGCACCGAGCUUCCCGGCGGCCUCCGUCGACACCACCUUCUCCACGGAGCUCGAUGAUCUUCACCACUUUCAGUACUCACCGGCACCGAUCUUCUCCGUCUCCGGCAGCGGCGGUGCGGGGGACAACUGCAACAACGAGAAGAUGAUGUGUGGGAGCGAUGAGAAGAGACCGAGAGUGAAUGGGAGGAUUGGGUUCAGAACGAGAUCGGAGGUGGAGAUCUUGGACGACGGCUUCAAGUGGAGGAAGUACGGCAAGAAGGCGGUCAAGAACAGCCCAAAUCCAAGGAACUACUACCGGUGCUCAGCGGAGGGGUGCGGCGUGAAGAAGCGCGUGGAGAGGGACCGCGACGACCCCCGCUACGUCAUCACCACCUACGACGGCGUCCACAACCACGCCAGCCGGCCCAGCCCUGGCGACGCCCUUCAGUACGGCGGCGGCGGCGGCGGCGGCGGCUUCUACAGCUACAGCCCGCCGCACAGCGGCUCGCCGUCGGCUGCCUCCUACUCGGGCUCGUUCCUCUUCUGACAUCUGAGCCAUGGCCCAGUGAUAUACACGGUAGGAUAUAUGAGAAGAAUGUUCAGGGAGCUAGAGGCCGGGUAAUUCCGACUUGCUUAGUUGUAGAUUUUUAGAGUGCACUAGAAUUAAACCACAAAUCGAAUUUUACCUUCUUCCGAUGUAUCAUGAUGAUGAUGACUGUAUGUUUAUUUACCUGCCAUUUCUUUGUUUUGUUUUGCUGAUA